AUGCUUGGCUCUGGAACAUUUGCCAAUGUUUAUGAAGGAAAAAACGUUCGAACUGGAGAAGUGGUGGCAGUAAAAUGGAUUAAAAAGGGAGCUUAUGAGGAAGACAUUCACGGCGAACAUAAGAUUAAUAAGAUUGUAAGAAGAUGGGUGUCAGUAAGGGACAACAUCGGACGGCAUCCCAACAUUAUUAUGUUCUUAGAUGAGUAUAUUGACCCAUCUACCAAACGUCCGUGCUUCGUCUUCGAAUUCGCCAAAUGUGGUAGUGUACGCUCGUACCUGCUCGCACACAGCCAUUACUCUGAGGCAGUUGUGAUGGAGAUUAUAAGAAGUAUAAUACAUAGAGAUGUUAAACCACGGAACAUACUCCUACGUGCUCGAGAACCGAAGAACAAUAGCGAUGUAUUUCCCUGGGUUCCAGCACUGGGUGACCUUGGCCUCUCUUCUCGCCUCAAGUCAGACGGUACAGUUAAAUUCCUCGGUGCUGGUACAAUGAAGUAUUGCCCUCCAGAAGCAUUCAAUACUAAUAAAAUUGGGAGAAAAGGAGAUAUAUGGGCUACAGGGAUAACACUUUAUGAAAUGCUCUGUGGAUGUGUGCCAUGGUUCCAAACCAAGCCUAAAAAAGUAUUAGCAGAUGAAAUUAAUCGAAGGGACUUCGACUUUAGCCAAACGAGAUAUGAGAAUAUUUCAUCUGAUGCCCGUGAUCUUUUAGGUGACCUUCUGAAGAAGGAAUUAGAUGACAGGCCCAGUGUGGACAUGGUUCUGAAGAACUAUCAGUGGUUUCAGACUGCGUCACGAGAAAAGACACUAAGUAACCGAGUAUUUUGUAACAUGCAUGACCCGGAUGCAUCCACAAUAGAUUUAGUGCAAGUAGCAAGACGAAAUAUAAAAAGGGAUAGUCAUGUUCCUGGAAAUCGCACAAAAAAGCAAAGCGAAGUCCGUACGAGGGAGUAG